AUGGCAAACUGUCUUGGCGUAAUGGAAAAAUAUGGCUACCCUUUAACUCGCAAAGAAGUGUUAUCACUGAUUAGCGAAUAUAUUAGAAGAAAUGGUAUCGUGACAACACUUAAGAAUGAUAUACCAGGCGAUGACUGGUUUCGAGGUUUCAGGAGAAGACACAAUUUCUCUUUAAAAAAACCGCAGUUGGUGGAAGUUGCGAGAAGAAAGGAGGCGUGUAAUCCCUUUACCGUAUAUGAGUAUUUUGACAUACCCGCAAAAGAAAUUCAAGAUUUGAAUUUAACUUCCGCACCCGAUCGUAUUUAUAACUUAGACGAGACUAGUUUUUGUCUUGACCCAACGAAAAGCAAAGUGGUUGAAUAA